UAGGUUUUAAGUUGCAAUAGAAACCAAUGUGGAACUGGAAAGAUGUCUUACAUCAGUUUCAUGGCACUAAGCCCAGUUUACAUUGAACCCCAAGUUGAGGAUGAUAUAGAUGGAAGUUGUACUGAUGCCUGUACCAACAACGGCUGUCAAGUAUGUUUGAUUAGUGAAUAUGAAAUCACUUGUUCAAUCCAGCACCUUUCUAGCACCUUGGAGGAACAUCUAAUAAAGGAAGGAAAGGAAUGCUCAGAACUCAUAAUUUCAGAGGAGAAGGUAGUUAAACAAGAAACACUAGAGGUUGCAUCUAGCUUUGACACUCAGCCCCUGACAUUCAUUGACAACAACUUGGACAGAAACUACUUAGACUUUGUGUUUUUCACAGAUAAAAAAUCCUUCCGACACAUAAAUGACCCAGAUUCCAAAGUCAUGUUUAUCAUGAGGGGCCUGUCUGGGUCUGGUAAGUCGUCAGUUGUCAGCGUUUUGAAGUCAGCAUUCCACAAUGUCACUGUCUGCUCGGCUGAUGAUUAUUUCUACACAGAGGACGGCUCUUACAAUCAUGAUGUGAAUUUGCUCCAUGCGGCCCACGAAGACUGCCAGUCUAAAGCUUCACUGGCAUGUUCAAAGCAAACACCCGUGGUUGUCAUUGACAACACAAAUGUACGCAAAUGGGAGAUGAAAUUUUAUUUUCAACUUGCUGCAACCAGUGGCUACACUGUUAUUCUCGUUGAGCCAAAAACACCCUGGAAAAUGGACCCUCUUGAACUGGCCAAUAGGAAUUCACAUGGUGUGACUGCUGAUAUUCUUGAGAAGAAAGUGAGUAUGUUUGAGAAAGUAAUCCCAGGCUACUACGCCUGGUUUCCGAAUGAGAAGACAUCUGACUAUUUGAGGCAGAUUUCUGAAGAUAUAUACACAGAGUGUUUGACAAAGCUGAAAGAAUUAAAGGCAGAUUUUAUGAAUGCUAUGAAUAUUAAUCCAGAUCAUAUUUCAGAAGAGAUGGCUCAGCAACUGCUGCAACGAUACUAUGUCCAAUCAGAGAAGAAAAGGCGACUUCUCCAUUGCACAGCGAAGUAUUGUGGAUGGGGGAAAGUGCCUGAUUCUGGCAGCUAUUUCAACAGACCAGAUGUUCAAAACUCGUGUGGGAAAGUAUUUAACCUGACUGUGACAGGGUUAAUCAUUACUUUAAAAACAAUAGCCGCAAGAGUCUCACUCGAUGGUGCUGCAUUGGCACUGUUCAACAAACCAGAGGAGGAUAGCUGGAUAACUGAGGUUAAGGGAAACCACUCUAAACAAAAUGCUGAUGUUUACAUCAGUGCGAGUAAAAGAAAGCUGAAGAAAUUAACAAAGCCAUCUAAGCUAGAAAAGGAGCUGAAAAAAUUUGAACAGACCACAGCAGGGAGGAAGAAAAGUAAACAAAGAAAGCAGAAAGGGGGUUUCAAAAAUGCCAAUAAAACAGAAAAAACAGUACAGGAUGUUGAGGAAAAUAAAAAUAAUAAUUUCGCAGACCAGGGUCUAGUGUCACCUCAUGAACAAGAUCAGCUUGGAGGUGAUAUGAGGGACCAGUCUUCAUUUCUACAAGACCAGUUCCCCCACUGUAGAAUCACAGGCAAGGGACGCAGUGCUCAUUUCACAGUAAAAACUGCCUCAGGAGUUGAGUCUAAGCAAACCAAUUUUGACAUUUUGAAAGCUUGCGACCUUGAAUGCUCACUUAACUCUGAACAGCCUUUGGUAGUUCCGGUUACACAGGGUGUGGCUUGUUACUAUGGUAACGGGAUGUGUUGUGUAUAUUUUACCAAGCCCCUUAAGGUGCAGUGUUUGUAUUCAGGCUAUUAUUGAUUACCUAAAUCAAAUGUGUAUUUAAAAAUGUAAUUAUUUUUUAAAAUUAUUAAAUGCUAAUUACUGUUUAAAUUUGGUUUUGAAAUUCAAAAUGCAAUGUGAUACUGUGAUAUUAUUAAAUUUAAGAUAUUUAAUGUCUCCUUCUGUAUGAUUCUGAAUGUUGGGAAACAACCUAUGCAAUAAAGAAUAAAGAAGAAGCUUUCCAAAACAAGUGUUGGACCAAAUAUUAAGAAUCUGCAUGCCAAAUACCAUCUCAAAUGAGGUGUUUAAACAGAAAAUUGAGAUGGUUUGGUCAUGUACUCAGAAUCAGAAUAAUUUAUUAGCUAACUGUUCUUAGAUAGAUGCCAUAGGGCUAGAGUAAAGGCUAAAAGAAACAUGGAAAAGAUGAAUGGAGAAAGGGUUAAAAGUGUGAAGCCUAAUAUUCCAACAGAUAGAGGCUACAGCUAGAGACAAGAUGAAAUGGCAUUCACUUAAUGAUAUUUUGUGUGUGAAAGGGUUUUGAGAGAGGAUGAUAAUGUUGUUAGGGGAGAGUGCGUGAGUGAGUUGAGUUUACCCUUGAGUAUUGUUAACCCCGGUGUGUUAUGUACUGAUAUCCAAAGGUCGAAUGCAGUAUAAAAGCUGGAGUGAAUGGUUGUAAGGGGUUAGUUGGUAGCGGUUAGGGCGAGGCUGUGAUGUGAAAAAUUGAGUCCAAAUAAAAGUAUUGAAGAUAACCACGAAUCAUUUCCUGAGUUGAACCAAACCCGGACGUAAUAAAUGUCUUCCAUCUCCUGGUAUCUGUAGUAAGGGGCAUUGUACUCCACACCUCGCUAAACACCAACCCACAUUUCACAGGCAGGAUGGGAUUGGUACGAGUCAA